CUAUUGUCUCAUCAGCACAAAGUUCUGCCACACUGCGGGGACAGUCUGGAGGCUUGCUGUGACUCAGACACAGCCAAUUCCUCCCCUAAUAGCACUGAAUCACGAUUCCAGCGGCCAGUGGUCGCCCCUCGUCAAGGUCUAAGGCUGCGGCAGCCCCGGCUCCCGGAGGCCGUUUCCGCGCGCACACGCGCAUCCACACGUACAGACGUGCUCGGGAUGCGGGUCCCGCCGGCGGGCACCUGGGCACUGCGCCCCAGCUGGACUGAAAUGGGGACACCCCUUCGGGGGUCCCAGGCUCCUGGCCAUAUUGUUCUCCUCCUCGUGAUAACUCCGCAGUGGAGGUGGAUUCUGUCCAAGACGCCCAACGUGGCUCCGCGCAGCAGUCAGCGCUGCAAUCCUGGCGGUUACCUCCGCGGCGGCGUCUCCCUUUGCGCCUCAUACUCGCGGCCCGCGGCCCUCCCCAACUUAGGGCGUUUACAAAAGAAACUACUCCAGACGCGCUGCAAAGGGAGGCGCUUGUGCCCGAAGGCUGGAGCUCCCGCGGGGCCAUUCUGCAUGUGUGAUGUUUGAGGGGGGGGCGGGGUCGGGGGGCGGGGGGAGUCAGGCAGAAAGACAGGGAGAACCUCUGCAAUGAAGGAUCCGCGAGUCCUAAAAUGUAAGCUCCGUGUGACUGACGAUCUGCACUGAUUUGGAGAGCAGGCGUGUUAAAGGUCACGGACAAUUGUUGCUGGCUUCAGCAUGAAUGCCUAAGUGGGAUGUAUUCUUCAACAGUCACAUUUAAGUCUGAUUCACCGAAAAGUAUUGACGUGCCCACCAUUCAUUUCAGUACACUGUGAAAAUGCACAAAGAAAGUAUCCCCAAAUUCAAUUAAUUACAAAGCUAUAAAUGGCUUGUAUACACAUACUACAUGUAGGUAGUAACAAAGAUUAAAAGUUGAAGACUUGACACUUUAAUAGCUUUUUGGUAGGAUUUUGGAAUGAAUAUAAGUCAGUGCUAUAGACCUACAUUCAUCUGCAUUCUUGGGUCUAUUUAAAAGUACAAUCUUGCACUAAUAAUUUCCAUGUGUUGAAAAUGGACAAGGUAGAUCAUUGAAUGGUGAUCAAGACUUCCAAACCCCUCCACAUAAAACUGUAAAAUGUUCAUGACUUGCUUCCUUUUUGUAGCCGGUUUAGGGCCCUGUCUUAAGUCACCCACGUGUGAUUUCACUCAGGGCAUUGUCUGUCUACAAUAAUAUUGUGCUUUUAAACGAUUUCCUUUCUUACACAUUUAUCUACAACGCAUGUGAAAUCUGAGAGCAUACUUUGAUGGAUGAGCAAGAGUUAAGUCCUGGUGUCUGGUGUGGCAGACCUAGAAAAUGGCAGCUGGAGAGCCAGCAUCAUUUUGUUACAACUGAAACGUGUUCACAUUGAUUGUACACAAGUCACUGGUGGUCAUUAGUCAAUGCACUAUUCCUAGCUCACUCCACACACACCAAAAAAAGGUGUAAAAAUCAAAUGUUUAAUACAAGUUUCCAUACUAUUCCUGUAACCAUAUUUAGCGUUGCCAACAUUUCAACUGUCUUAAUGGCUUCAAACUCUUAAAGUAACCGUUAGGCAGUAAGGGCACUGCCCUUGGAAUGGCCCAGGAGAGCUUCUCCUCUUUUGAAAUGUUUAAGUAAAUUAUACUAUUUGGAUGGAGCAAAGUCAGCAGUAUUAACGGUUGAACAUUAAUGGUUGAUUUUGGCUACUUGUUUUCUUUUAGUGAUAUGUGAUAUUUUACACAUGUAUGGAGCACAUGUAUUUGUUACAAGCGUAGAAUAUGUAAUGAUUAAGUUGGGGUGCUUAGGGUACUCAUCACCUGGGGUAUUUAUUGUUUCUAUGCGUUGGGAACAUUUCAAGUUCUGUCUUCUAUCUAUUUUGAAAUACACAAUCCAUUGUUAUUAAUUGUAGUCCCUCUAGUCUGCUACCAAAUAUUAGAACUACUCAUUCUAUCUAACUGUAUGUUUAUACCCAUUCACCAACUUCUUCAUUUCCCCCUCCCACCCUCUGUAAUUUUAUAACAGACAAUAAUUUUGGUUAAUGAAAUAAAUGGGGGAAAAAAGCAUUUUCCCUUGCUAUUGUCUAAUGAAUUAUUUGUUCAGCCUUUGGGAUUCCACUCCUUUCAACGUGUGAUGAAAUGGUGUUCAAUGGUUAUGGAGUGAUUGAGCACAUUUAUGUUAGAAAGGUUCUUGAGGACUUCCAUUAUAAAAAAUAGCUCAGAGUAAAAACCAAAAAGAACUCCGCC